CAGAAAUAUCCGAACUCUGCAGGAGCUCGAGCUCAGCUGCUUCCUCACCAGUGUGUGUUUGUGUGUGUGUUACUGUGUGUGUUAGUGUGUGUUACUGUGUGUGUGUGUGUGUGUGUGUGUGUGUGUGUGUGUGUGUGUGCAGCAUCAUGUUGGCCAGGAAGGGCCUCCUGCCGGAUGGUUUCCUGCUGACCCGUCUGGCGGAGGAGCAGAACCAGCCGAACCGCAGCCGCGUCAGGUCUCAGAGAGCCCGCUUCAUCACCAAGACCGGAUCCUGCAACGUGGCUCACAAGAACAUCCGGGAGCAGGGUCGGUUCCUGCAGGAUGUUUUCACCACCAUGGUGGACCUCAAGUGGCAGCACUCCUUCCUCAUCUUCACCUCGGCCUUCCUCUGCUCCUGGAUGCUCUUCGCUAUGAUCUGGUGGCUCCUGGCCUUCGCUCACGGAGACCUGGAGCCCCGUGACCCCAACGGCGAGCCGGGCCCCAUCCCCUGCGUCACCGCCAUCCACUCCUUCACCUCAGCCUUCCUCUUCUCCAUUGAAGUCCAGGUGACCAUCGGGUUCGGCGGCCGGAUGGUGACGGAGGAGUGUCCUCUGGCCAUCACCGUGCUGAUCAUCCAGAACAUUCUGGGGCUGAUCAUCAACGCCGUGAUGCUCGGCUGCGUGUUCAUGAAGACGGCGCAGGCCAACCGACGAGCAGAGACGCUCAUCUUCUCCAGAAACGCCGUCAUCGCUUCACGAAACGGUCGCCCAACAUUCAUGUUCAGAGUCGGAGACCUGAGGAAGAGUAUGAUCAUCUCUGCCACCAUCCAGCUGCAGGUGAUCCGGCGGACGGUGACGGCGGAGGGCGAGGUGAUCCCGGUGUGCCAGCUGGACAUCCAGGUGGAGAACCCUCUGAGGAGCAACGGCAUCUUCCUGGUUUCUCCUCUGAUCAUCAGCCACACCAUGGAGAGAGGGAGUCCGCUGUACGAGCUCUCCGCCCAGUCGCUGGCCUCCGAGGACCUGGAGAUCGUCGUCAUCCUGGAAGGUGUGGUGGAAACAACGGGGAUCACCAUGCAGGCUCGGACCUCCUACACUCCUGAGGAGAUCCUGUGGGGGAGGCGCUUUGUCUCCAUCAUCACGGAGGAGGACGGCCGCUACUGCGUCGACUACUCCAAGUUCGGCAACACGGUUCCCAUCAAGAUGUCGUCCCUCAGCGCCAAGGAGCUGGACCAGACCAGGGGCAUCCAGGAGGGCAGCUCCAACACAGGCCAGCUGCAGGGCUGGGGGCUGGUCCGGGCCGGCAGGGGGGGCUUCCGCAGGGGAGGCCGGACCUGCGAUAGCUCCGCCCCUCAUCCCUGGUACGCCCAAUCAGAGACACCAAAGGAAGAGGUUGAGAAGAAGGGACAGAAGAAGAAGGUGCAGCUGGAGGUGAUUGGACGACAGAUAGAAGAGGACGGACUGGGAGAGAUGAGCGACUGAAAACCAGGAAACAGGGAGCAGACUACAAACUGGAUCCUACUCAGUGAACACGACAUCCACUUCUUCAGGUCCAGAUGGAGAUGAGCCGGGAGGCAGAAGAGAAGAUGGACGCCACUCUCAUGAUCUGUUCCACUCUUUGUACACGAGAUAUAACGUCAGUAUGUCUCACAAUGAGUCGGUAUUUGACCGACAUGGACAUUAGAUAGACAUUAGAGCUGCUGGUAGGUGGAUUUGGUUUGGACAGAACCAGGCUAGGUGUCUUUAUGCUAAGCUAAGCUAACCAGCUGCUGGCUGUAGCUUUGUGUUUAGCAUUCAGACGUGUGAGUGGAAUCAAUCUGAACAUCUCCCUCUCAGACGCUUUCUUUCACUGAGUGAGGAUAAACUCUCUCUCUCUGUGAAAGGAAUAAGUACAAUGUGCAAAAGGUGAAUACAGAAACAGGAAAUGACACAAUCAUGUACCGAAUCCUGCGACCUUCGAAUGUCACUGCCAGAGACCCUGCAAAAACUUUACCUAACCUUUCUAUAACCGUAUAGGUUAUUACGUUAUACAGGAAACACUUUAUAUUAUAUUGUACAACAAUAAAAGCUUGUGGUUACAUGUAAUCUGUUUUUAUUGUUCAGGCAUGGCAGCAACCACUGCUUACUAUUUAUUCAUUAUAUUGUAUAUAAGCCAUAUAAAGCUGGUGUGUUAUAGGAUGUUCUAUAAGUCACAUAUGGGUUUAAAUCCUACAGCAGAUGAUGCUCACUGUGACACUGCUGGAGUUUUACUGUCUAUAGGCUGUUAUUUAUAUUCUAUUUUUUUAAUUUGGUCUCAAGUUGAUUCAAUUUUAUUAAUUUCUCAUCUGUGUUAAUUAUUAACGAGGCUGUUUCUGUCAGUUUCACCAGUGAUGUAAGUUUGUUUCUGUUCUAAUAAAAUGCAUUUGAAGCAAUA